UUAUUUUUUUUGGGGGGGGGGAAGUGGGGAGGGGAGGGGCGGGAGGCGAAGUUACCUCUCCCCACCCCUAAACCCCAGGCGAAGGCGAGCGGGGCCGUGCCGAGCCCUAGCGCGCAGCCACCGAGCGGAGCCGCCAACGGGGCGGGAGUGGCGGCGGUGGAGGGGGGGAAAGAAACGGAUGGGAAGCGGCCACCAACACCCCCCCCCUCACACACACCUUCUCUCUCCGCUCGUCAAACACCGGCACCGCCGCAGCUGCUCCUCCGCCGGAGCCUCGGCGCCUCCCUCCGCGCUGCAACACCGAGAACCUCGGAGCGGUAAGGCAGAGCCAACUCCGUGCCCCCUUCUGUGCCCAGCCGCUGCCGAUGAAGAGGAGGUGAGGGCUGAGCUGUAGCUCGGGCAGCUGCCGUUCCCCGGGGGCUCUCCAGCGCUGCCUGCAUCCCGCCCUGCGUCCGUCCCGAUGCCGAAGAACAGCAAAGUGACGCAGCGGGAGCACAGCAGCGAGCAUGUCACCGAGUCGGUGGCAGACCUGCUGGCACACGAGGAGCCCCUGGACUACAAACGCAGCGUCCUCAACGUGGCCGGCGAGCCCUGGGACAAGCAGAAGGAUGGGGAGGAGGAGCUGGAGGCCGAGAGCCGCCCGGCCUGGAACAGCAAGCUGCAGUACAUCCUGGCGCAGAUCGGCUACUCCGUGGGGCUGGGCAACGUCUGGCGCUUCCCCUACCUCUGCCAGAAGAACGGAGGAGGUGCCUACCUAGUGCCAUACCUGGUGCUGCUCAUCAUCAUUGGGCUCCCUCUCUUCUUCCUGGAGCUGGCAGUGGGGCAGAGGAUCCGCCGGGGCAGCAUCGGGGUCUGGAACUACAUCUGCCCCCGCCUGGGGGGCAUUGGCUAUGCCAGCUGCCUGGUCUGCUUCUUCGUUGGUCUCUAUUACAAUGUCAUCAUUGGUUGGAGCAUCUUCUACUUCUUCAAGUCCUUCCAGUACCCUCUGCCCUGGAGUGAGUGCCCCCUGGUGAAGAACGGCUCCGUGGCCGUUGUGGAGGCUGAGUGCCAGCGGAGCUCUGCCACCACCUACUUCUGGUACCGCGAGACCCUGGACAUCUCCAGCUCCAUCUCGGAGAGUGGGGGCCUCAACUGGAAGAUGACUCUGUGCCUGCUGGUGGCCUGGAGCCUCGUUGGCUUGGCCAUGAUCAAGGGCAUCCAGUCCUCAGGGAAGGUGAUGUACUUCAGCUCUCUCUUCCCCUACGUGGUGCUGGUUUGCUUCCUGGUGCGGGGGCUGCUGCUGCGCGGGGCGGUGGAUGGCAUCAUGCACAUGUUCACACCCAAGCUGGACAAGAUGCUGGAGCCCCAGGUGUGGCGGGAGGCAGCCACUCAGGUGUUCUUUGCCCUGGGGCUGGGCUUUGGAGGGGUCAUUGCCUUCUCCAGCUACAACAAGCAGGACAACAACUGCCACUUCGAUGCCACCCUCGUCUCCUUCAUCAACUUCUUCACCUCUGUCUUGGCCACCCUGGUGGUGUUUGCUGUGCUGGGCUUCAAGGCCAACAUCAUGAACGAGAAAUGUGUGGUGGAGAACGCUGAGAAGAUCCUGGGCUACCUGAACAGCAAUGUGCUGAGCCACGACCUGAUCCCACCCCACGUCAACUUCUCCCACCUGACGGCCAAGGACUACGGCGAGAUGUACAGGGUGAUCAUGACGGUCACCGAGGGGCACUUCAAGGAGCUGGGCUUGGACGCCUGCCUGCUGGAGGAUGAGCUCAACAAGUCGGUGCAAGGCACUGGCUUGGCCUUCAUCGCCUUCACAGAGGCCAUGACUCACUUCCCAGCCUCCCCCUUCUGGUCUGUGAUGUUCUUCCUGAUGCUGAUCAACCUGGGGCUGGGCAGCAUGAUCGGGACCAUGUCAGGCAUCACCACGCCCAUCAUCGACACCUUCAAGGUGCGGAAGGAAGUGUUCACAGUUGGCUGCUGCAUCUUUGCCUUCCUGGUGGGGCUGAUCUUCGUGCAGCGCUCGGGGAACUACUUUGUCACCAUGUUUGAUGACUACUCUGCCACGCUGCCGCUCACCGUCGUGGUCAUCCUGGAGAACGUGGCCGUGGCCUGGAUCUAUGGCACCAAGAAGUUCAUGCAGGAGCUGACAGAGAUGCUGGGGUUCAGGCCCUACCAGUUCUACUACUACACCUGGAAGUAUGUGUCCCCCAUCUGCAUGGCCGUGCUGAUGACUGCCAGCAUCAUCCAGCUGGGGGUCAGCCCCCCGGGCUACAGCGCCUGGAUCCGGGAGGAGGCUGCAGAGAAGUUCCUUUUCUACCCGACCUGGGCCAUGGCUAUCCUCAUCUCCCUGAUCCUGCUGGCAUCCCUGCCCCUGCCCCUGGUCUUCAUCCUCCGGCAGUUCCACCUGGUGUCAGACGGCUCCAACGCCCUCUCCGUCACCUACAAGAAGGGCAGGAUGAUGAAGGACAUCUCCAACCUGGAAGACAACGACGAGACCCGCUUCAUCCUGAGCAAAGUGCCCAGCGAGACCCCAUCCCCCAUGCCCACGCACCGCUCCUACCUGGGGCCGGGCAGCAACUCCCCGCUGGAGCUGAGCAGUGCCCCCAACGGACGCUACGGCAGCGGCUACCUGCUGGCCAGCACCCCCGAGUCCGAACUGUGAGGGUCGCCUGCCCGCCCACCCCCACCAGCAGAGGAGGUCACUGGGGAGUGGACCCUGCUUGUCCAGGCAACAGGAAAAUGGCUUCGUGAGGAAGAUGAAGAUGAAGACCCCCUCCCCUCCCCCCCCGUCAAACCCUAACCCAUCCGCAAGGUGACAUCGGGAGGAAGGGACCGCAGGAGGGGCAGGACUCCUCCACCCGCCCUUGGCCAAAAGGCAGGACCCCUCCUCACAGCCCCCCCUCGGGCUCAUCAGCGGGGGGCAGGGAGAACCAGAGGCACUCAGUGUCUUUCCCUGGGGCUGCUUCAUGUGCAGCUCCAGCCUGAAUCUCUUUCUGGAAGCAGCUGAUGGUUGGAUGAAGGACCUGGAGCCAGGUGGGAAGCCAAACCAUGCUUCCUGCUGCCGCCCUCCCUGUCUGCUGGGGCAGCCAUGGCCUUAAUCCAGCCAGCACAAUCAACCAUCCCUCUUCAGAGCACAAGGAGGUGCUGCUGUUGUCACCAUCCUCCUCCUCCUCCUCCUCCUCGUUGUUGUUGUUGUUGUUGUAUCUCCUGUAGGGUUUGUUUCCAGCUGUGGACACCCCCAGAUAACCUUCAGGUUGCCACCAGGGUUGGCAGCAGGCAGCAGAGAGAGGUUGGCUGAGAUGUUGUGAGAGGUGGUUGGGUCCU